GGGUUAGAGUAUUCCAUUCCAUCAGCUUGCUCUAAGAGAAAGAAAAAAAAGGAGAGCACUACCUCUCCCUCCCACUCCCAUUCCCAGCAGCAAGGUAAUAGCCAUGGCGCCACACGAUUCCGGGCGCCUUGAUCACUACAAGCUGGAGCUCCAUGAGCUCCACUACCAGCUAACCCUUGUACAACACUGGUGUGGCACCAGCAAAGCAAACCAAGUAGCAGUCGCAGCUCCCGGAGGCCGUAGUAAGCUGGGAAACUUGAUCGCUAACGAUUGGGAUCUAGAAGACCCCCGUCAGAACGGGAAAAUCGUUGCGCAUGCCAAGGGCCUGCAUGUCCAGUCCAGCAGAGGAGAGGUCUCAGACGAAAGCUGGCACGCUUCGUUCGACAUCAUCUUCCAGCAAGGAAGCGGACUGGAAGGGUCGACACUUCAGGUGAUGGGGCCUAACGUCUACAAGGGAGAGUGGUCCAUCGUCGGGGGUACAGGAAAGCUGACGAUGGCUCGAGGCGUCAUCUACAAAGAAGAGCUGUGUGUGGUCGAUGGCAUGGCCAGAAUUGGCCUUGAGAUCCAUGCCUUCUACAUCCCCAUGGAACGAAAAGACGCCGCAAAGAAUGUUUGGCGCUGGUGAAAUCGUCGUCCUUUUCCUUCCCGUGUUCCAACUGCCAGUGGUCGUCUUGUCGUCGUCAAUAAUAAAAAGACAAGUCCGGUGUCGUUAGUUGAUCAGGACUACCUAUCAGUUGUAGUAACUGUUUCGGCUGCUGAAAAGCCGAAAAGCAAGCGUCAGAGAUUGAAAUAUGUAUCGUUCAUUGAAAUAUGUAUCGGACAUUCGGACUGCGGACGCGACGAUCCAUGGCGAUCUCGCGCACCGCUAGCUUCUUCUCA